AUGUCUCACACCUCAGGCAUAACUCCCUUGUAUCAGGUCUUGAAACCACCUUUCACAGUCGACUCUCCGGGUCACGAGAAGAAACCCAAUGAGACCAUUCCUCGGCGUCAUCCUCGUGCUCGCGACGGCCUCAUUGUCCGACCUUCCGAAGAUGUUCAUACUGUCUUCGAUAUCAUCCGCCGAAGCGCACGGCUAUGGCCCAACAAUAAUGCCGUGGGUUCGCGAAGGCUUAUCCGCCUACACAAGGAGAUAACUCAGGUCGAAAAGAAAAUCGACGGCAAGGUGCAGAAGGUUGACAAGGAGUGGUCAUAUUUCGAACUAUCUAAAUUUUCCUUCUUCACCUACAAGAAAUACGAGGCACACUGCCUGGAGGUGGGAUCAGGCUUGCGCCAGCUCGGGCUCGCGCCCGGGGGCAAACUGUUUCUCUUUGGAUCUACAAGUGCCCAGUGGAUUGCUACUUCUCAUGGCUGCGCUACCCAGUCCAUCUCAAUCAUAACAGCUUACGACUCUCUUGGAGCAAGCGGAUUAGAGCACAGUCUCCUCCAGACCGAGGCGGAGAUUAUGUAUAUUGACCCUUACCUACUCAAGACAGCAACCGAGCCUUUGAAGAAGUCAAAGGUCCAUACAAUAAUUGUGAAUGAGGCAUCCAUCUUCGGCGGGAGCGAACUUGUCGAAGAGUUCAGAUCAUCCAAUCCCAGGUUCAAAAUAAUCAGCUUCGAAGAACUCUAUACAUCAGGUCGUAAUGCAAUGGUCGAUCCAGUACAUGCCAAGCCGGAUGAUCUGUACUGCGUGAUGUAUACCUCGGGAUCCGGCGGUGUUCAUAAAGGCGUACAAAUUGCCCACAAGAAUCUUGUUGCGGCAGUCGCUGGUCUAUAUACCUGUGUAUCUGACUGCGUCACGGACAAUGAUGUUCUUCUUGCAUACCUCCCGUUGGCUCAUGUCCUAGAGAUGGCUCUCGAGAAUCUCGGAAUGUAUUUCGGCGGCACUGUGGGAUACGGCAAUCCCAGGACACUAUCUGAUACAUCGGUAAGAAACUGUGCAGGUGACAUGCGUGAUUUGGGGCCCACUGUCAUGCCCGGUGUGCCGCAAGUCUAUGAGACUAUCAGGAAAGGCAUCAUGACACGUCUUGAAUCCAAUGUAGUCUUGAGGAAUCUCUUCUGGGGCGCUUUUGGCUACAAGAAGUUUAUGGUGAAGCACAAUCUACCUGGCGCUUGCUUGUUAGACAAUGCUGUUUUCGGUAAAGUCCGCGAGAUGACUGGUGGCAAGAUCAGAUUCCUGUUCAACGGUGGCAGUCCCAUCUCUCUAUCAACAAAACUCUUCCUCUCACUGGUUCUUGCACCCAUGUUUACAGGCUACGGCCUUACCGAAACUUCAGCAGUUGGUGCAUUAGGAUCACCUCUCGAAUUCACCUUGCACUCUAUCGGCACAGUUCCCGGCUCGGUCGAAGUCAAGCUAGUCUCCGUUCCAGAAUUCGGAUACUCUGCUGAUGCCAAGAUCCCCCAAGGCGAAAUUCUGAUCAAGGGCGCUGCGGUCAUGAUUGGGUAUUUCAACAACGACGAAGAAACAAAGAAGUCCUUUACCGACGAUGGGUGGUUUAAAACUGGAGACGUGGGAGAGUUUGAUGCUGAUGGUCACCUCCGGGUCAUUGAUCGUAUCAAAAACCUUGUGAAAUUACUCAGCGGUGAAUACGUCGCUCUCGAGAAGUUGGAGUCGAUCUACCGUGGUGUGCAAGGUGUCAUGAAUGCCAUGGUCUACGCUGAUUCUGAACAUUCGCGGCCUAUUGCUGUUGUCAUGCCAAACGAAGCCUCCCUCAGAGGUAUUGCUCAGGAUUUGGGCGUUGAUGAGGACAAGAUGUACACCGAAGAUAAAGUACGUCAAGUCAUGCUCAAAGACUUGCAAGCCGCUGGUAAACGGGCAGGAUUAUCAAGCAUGGAAAUUGUCGCUGGUGUAGUAAUCACUCCAGAAGAAUGGACACCCCCAAGCGGUCUUGUUACUGCUACCCAGAAACUCAACCGUCGUGCUAUCAAUGCCAGAUACAAGAAAGAAAUACAGGAAGCUCUCAAGAAUGCCUGA